AGAUGCAGAUGGAGCAGAUGCUGCUAGAGGAACAUGCCCUGGAGCAGAUGAAAGCUCUGGCCUGCGGUCCCCCAGAGGACACUGCCUUUGACCAGCGUGCUCGCUGCGGGCUUCUCAAAGCUGAGCUGCCUGAGUACAUCCUGGACUUUGGCUACGUCAUUCGUGGUAGUACCCACACUCACGUUGUGAAGAUCACCAACACCGGGCGGUUUCCUGUGUCCUUCUGCACUGGCAGAAGGGUCCUGCAUAGCACAGGUAAUCACUACUGGUGCGAUUUCACGUGGGCUUGA